GCUUGAACAUAUUCUCAAGGGGGAAAUCUUUGCCUUUCCUUCUUUACGCCAGCUAGCUCUCAGGCGGACAGAAGAAGCAAAUCUGUUAAACGACAGGAGUACCAUUCUCUGCUUGUCCUAAAAGGAAAAAAAUGGAAGCUGAAGGAGAGGGCUGUUGGAACUGGGAGAAGAACAAGGCUUUUGAGAUAACUCUUGCAGCUUACACCAAGGACCAUAUCAAUCCAUGGGAGAAGAUUGCAGCUGCUGUGCCUGGAACAAAACUGGAGGAGAUCAAACAUCACCACAAGCUCUUAUCGAACGAUGUCAACAGCAUCGAAUCUGGCGUGUUGCCAUUGCCCAAUUAUACUAUCAACUCAAAGGAUCUAGCCAAUGAUGAUGGUAAAAGAGGAAUGAGGUUAGAAGGGUAUCAAAAGCGCAGCAAGGGGCAAGCCUGGACAGUGGACGAGCACAGGCUAUUUCUUCGUGGACUCGACAAGUACGGCAGGGGAGACUGGCGAAACAUAUCGAGGAACUGCGUGUUGACUCGGACGCCGACGCAGGUGGCAAGCCAUGCGCAGAAGUACUUCCUCCGACAGAGCUCAGUGAGCACAAGGACGCGGACGAGCAUUCUUGACAUCAGCAGUGCGGACAGCGAGGAGGAUCUACCUGUGUCCAUCACUUACGCACUAGGCACACCUGCUGAUCCUGCUGCUGCAGCAGCAGAUCAACAAGCGUCCAUUAGCGGAAUGGGAGUCUCCGUUUCAGAAUCUCAAGUCUUUGCUGCCUCCAACAUUGAAUUUUAUUUUUAA